CGAGUGUUGGCGUGUAGUUGCUGCUUGCGUGUGUCUGAACAGCAGAGGGACAAGGAAGCCAGAGAUUUACCCCCGACCGAACUGGACUCUAUCGACAGCCUCUUCUUUAGCCCAGGAUGAGCGGCGCACGGCACCCAGCCGUCAGACGCUGAGGAGCGGCUUAUUGGCAAGAGCGGGUGAAUCACCGAGACCAACUCAAAGGAGAGAAGCUGAGCGGGCAGCCGCUUCCCACAUUCGCAUCAGACAUGGAGCCCCUCCAGGGCAGUGUCCACCAUGUCCCUUUCCGUGAGGCCUUGUCGUCGUCACAUCUCAUCCAUUACUAGGAGCCAGUCGUUUGCUGGAGUGAAUUCAUCACAGGACAAGCCCUACAGGACUCUAGCUGUGUUCAGCACCCCAAACAACAUCAGGAAGCCAUCUGUGAGAACUAGAAGGAUGUUCGGACUGUCCCACAAAUCCCCACCACCCAAGAUCCCACAGCCUGAGAGACUUGAUGAAGUUUAUGAAGCUCUUAAAAGAGGACUCCAAUCUUACCUGCAGGUCCAUCAGUUAGAACUGGAUAACCUAACGCGACAGAUGAGGGAGUCUAAGAGGAAUUCAAGGCUUGGCUUCUUGUACGAGUUGGAUAAGCAAGUCAAAUCUAUUGAAAGAUUCAUGCGCCGGUUGGAAUUUCACCUAAGCAAGAUUGAUGAACUUUAUGAGGCUUACUGCAUGAAGCGUAGACUCAGGGAUGGAGCUAAUAAAAUGGUGAAGGCAUACACAGCAUCCCCAGGCAGCAAAGAGGCACGUGAGAGCUUGGCAGAAGCUAACAAAGGAUACAGAGAGUAUACAGAGAGUAUGUGCAUAUUAGAAAAUGAACUGGAAAAUCAGCUUGGUGAAUUCCAUGUGAAGAUGAAAGGUCUUGCAGGAUUUGCACGACUAUGUGCUGGAGAUCAAUAUGAGAUCUUUAUGAAAUAUGGGCGUCAAAGAUGGAAGCUACGGGGCAGAAUUGAGGUUAAUGGAAAGCAGGUCUGGGACAGUGAGGAAAUGGUGUUCUUGCCCCUCAUCACAGAGUUCCUUUCUAUCAAGGUGACGGAACUGAAAAGCCUAGCCAAUCAUGUAGUGGUCGGGAAUGUCUCCUGUGAGACAAAGGAUCUCUUUGCUGCCCUCCCCCAGACAGUUGCAGUUGACAUCAAUGAUCUGGGCACGAUCAAACUAAGCCUAGAGGUAACUUGGAAUCCAUUUGACAAAGAUGACCAGUCGUCUGCUGCCAGCACUGUCAAUAAAUCUUGCACCGUAAACAAGAGGUUCUCCACAUACAAUCAGAGUCCACCAGACACCCCCUCCCUGCGAGAACAGGCAUUUUAUCACCCUCCUGGAGUCACCAUGGAAAAGCACAGAUGGUCAUUAUUGGAUGUUUUCCGGGAGACUUUGGUAGAAAAACUCUCUCGCAGUUGCUCUUGCAGUGAUGUGACUACUAUCAGUAUGGGUUCUCAUGAUUAUAAGGUUCCUAACAUGCUCCGACGCCAGGAUGAAAUAGAGAAUGGAACAGCUUGGUCUAAUUCUUCAGAAUCCUCAGAUGAUUCUUCAAGUCCUCAGCUCUCAGUAACUUUGCGACACAACCAGAAGGCACUUGUUCAACCAGAGAUUCAGACCACUGCUCCUGCAAUUGAAAUCUCAUUUGUUCAGAGGGAGGAAUCUGACAACAUAAAUACCCCUCUACAGGACGUUGAAGAGACACAGAUAAAGGUGGCAGAGAAGACAGUGGUUGCUAAUGGUCAUGUGCGCUACUCACGAUCACUGAGCCAUAUAAGUGAAACCAGCAUAGACGGUGCUGUUGUGGAAGUGAAUCCUUCAGAGAGUGACCCAACAAAGGCAAUUUGUGAACUUGAGGCAGUAUCUGUCACUGACAUUCUUAUGGAUAUGUCUUGCACAUCUGAAGUAGUUGUCGAGUCCCAGAUGAUGGACACACUGCCACAAGAGCAGGAUGUGGCUGAACAUGUUACUUCUCAACAGAUGGAAUAUAUUUCAGCUGUGAAAAAUGAGGAGCCAUCUCUUAUCAUUGGGGACCAAGAGAAUGUAACCAAGAAGACCCCAGUGACAAUUGCCACAGAGACCGUGUCAGUAGUCAGUAAUCCCUCAGACAAUUUACCUUUGCCUGUGGUGUUGCCUGUGGGUGAAUCUAGUACUGAACUUGCAGUGGUUCAGCCUACAAGUUGUUUGGACAUAUCCUCAGAGUACAGGACCAAAGUACAGCAGAGUCAGCCAGAUGCAUGUGAGGGCAAAGGACUACCACUGGAGGUAUCUAGGACUACAGCCACAGAGAAGGCCAGAGUGACUCAUGGAGAGAAGGCCAGGUCUGUGGACAGUGGACUUGCAGAAGCUUUAAACACACUAAUCUCCAUGCUGGAUGACUAUAGAGGGCAGUUCCCUGAGCUCCAACGUUUGGAACAGAAAGUGAAAUAUCUGGAAGAAAUACUUUUGAAACAGGGAGUUUCUCGCAGCAGAGCAUCAAGUAUCAGCUUGACAGUGGAGCAUGCUCUGGAGAGUUUUGAUUUCCUAAACACAUCUGAUUUGGAGGAUGGUGGUUCUGAGGGAUCAGAGGCGGAGACGCAUCAACCUGAUAGCAUUCCUUAUAGUAGUGGAGCAUGCAGCAAGGAUAGCAGAAUAGCAGAGAUUUCAACAGAAGAUAUUUGGGCUUUUCCAAUUUCUGGAGGGGCUCCAGAAUCCAUGACAACUGGGAGUGAAUCAUUGGACCGUGCCUUGGUGGUCCACCUCACAAACUGCAUAAAUCUACUUCUGCAUCUUGGAACAUAUGGACCUUUACGGUGCAAGGAAAUUUAUGCACUCGACAAGCUGAUGAGAGAAGCCAGGGUCAUAGAGGUCAUUGGCAAAGUAAGCGAAGAAAAGGCUGGGGUUGUAAAUUCUGCUGAAGAAGUUCUGCCUCCUCUGGAGUCCAAACAUGGAGCAGUGACGUUUUGGAAUCAGUGUUCAGAGAGUUCAGAUGUGUACAUAGUCUCUGUGGAAACGUUUUUACUUAAGUUGAACUGCAUUUUUGGCUCACAGCUUCCGGAUAAGUACUUGAGCCUAGCUGACACAGUGUGCAUCAGAUUGGCUGAGCGGGUACUAGAGAAAAAGUUACCUAGGCGGCCUCGUCCUGACAUCAAAGAAUCUAUUACCAUUUUCCAGUACUGGAGCCAUUUGGAAUCAGAGGACAUCUUUGUGUUGGAAAAUUACAUGGCUGAGCUGGCGGAAGAGGUGUCACUGAUCCAGAACUUGCAGUCAAAGGACCAAGACAUUGUACUGAAGGCGUUAAAACGCACCCCCCAAACACGUCUCCAAAAGGACACUAUCCGAGCAGUCAGUCUGCUCCUGCUUGAUGACCGGACUAAGGUGACCAGUGGUGCCACAGCAUUACUCAAGAGCCUGGCAGAAAAUCCUCGAUUACGAGAAAAGGCACUGGUGUCCUGUUUGGAGCUUCUUGAGGAUGAGAGUGUGGAGUCCCGAGUAGCUGGCUGCAAAGCACUUGCAUGUCUUAAGGCCAAAGAGAGCAUUGACCAACUUGUGUUCCUUUGUCAAACAGACAAGGAAAGUGUACGGAUAUGUGCAAAACAGGCCUUGUUGUCUUUUGGUGAAGAAGGAAAACUGGCUUACCAGCUUGCUGAAGACACACAGGAUGGCAUCCCACGACUUUUUGCUCCUGGCAGUAUGGCUAGCACAGCAUUUUAAGACCAAUAAAUGCAUGCCAUUUGUGCACUGCUCUGGGCAGUCACUUCAACUGUGCAGAAUAACAGUAUUAAUGAUUGCUUGGAAGGUGGGAAACCAUUGUUUUAAGAAGAGAUAUUUAUUGCCAUAUCAUUUGGCCUAGUAUCCCCUUCCAAAGCAAAGUGGGGUCGGUGCAUGGCACCAGCUAACAAAACUAGCUGGUUGAAAAAAUUGUAGGCUAAAAGUUCCGGGUUUGACAGGAAAAGUGCCAGCGGUCAAAGCUACAAGAAAACAAAGCAAAAAGGGAAUUAAAUGUUACACAAGAACCUCUCUGAAGGCAUUGCACUUUGAACUUUUGUAAAUGGCCAGUAGGCACCAAAAAUGUGGAAUGUUGCAGUCUGUGUUAAGAUUUUUGUUGUUAGUUUGCUGCAAACCAAGCAGAGAUGUACUUUUGUGGAGGAACAUGGUUCAAACUGGGAAGCUGUUUAAUCAUUCACUUUGUGGAGCUGCUGCAACUCAGUGUCAUAGGAAAUUUAACCACUUGUAUGUGAGAAUUAUUUCUUUACUAUUUUCUCUACUUGAACCUGGUUUGUUUUUAUUUCAAUACAUGGUGCAUAGCACACAGUGGCCCCCUGGUGGUAGCCUUCACAAAAUUACCAAGAGUAAUAAAUUUAAAGCUAAAGAUUGUGAAUUUGUAUUUCAUUAUUUGUGUAUAGUAUAAAUUUUAAUGUGCAAUAAAUGGUAAAACAAAAUAAAAAUAAUGUUGAGUUUCUUGUUACCACUAGAAUGCCUUGAAGGUUUUAUCAAAUUUUAUUUUUGCUGUGUCACUGCAUUGCAGAAAGCAGCUCAACUGUGAGGAGUUGUGUUGUACUUCUGUAGCUUAUCCUUUCCAAAUUUCAGAAAAAGGCUACAUUAAGAGAUUCAAAUCCAAUUGUUGCCCGUGAACAUGAAAUGUGAAAGUUUGUAAAUGACCAAGAUUGUUGGAAAUAACAUCCUUCAAAGUUCAUCUAGUCCAUGUAAAUGAUACAAUUAAGCCAAUACAUGGAAGAAGAACUAAAAAGUGUCACAUUUGCAGUUUAUUUGUGCAAAAUCCAGUAAACAACAAAAAUGAACAUCAAAAAUUUAAAUAAGUGAACAGAAUGUUAAACUAUCUUCCCAGUUUGAGCCCUUGAUAUAAAUGUAACACAUUUUUGGUAAAAUUGUUCUAUUUUAUAUAUUAUUUUAAUAGGGUCAAGACAGGAGUACACCAGGAACAACCCGGUUAAGAGAGGAAAAAAGCCACUUUAAUUCAAGUGCCUCAUGUUGCAAUGAAAAUCGUUUUAAGUUUUAAAAAAAAAAAAUAAUUAUUUAAGACAAAUGUAGUGGCAUAUUAGUUAAACUGCAGUGCAAUUUAAAAUAUUUUAUUUUCUGAUUGUGGGACAUAAAUAUUAAAAUGAUUUACACUGAUUUUUUCUAUUAAGUAUAUAUUGUAUGUAAUAUACAUUACCUUAAAUUUAACUAUAAGCAAAAUAAUAAAAUUUUCUGUAUAA